ACAAUAUCCAAAUAAAUUCUCACUUCAUCACCGCGACACCACUGCUGCGAACCUCUCACGAUGUGUCUCGCACAAUUGAUUCUGGGAUCUUUGACCCGCUUUCAAAAAUCUCGGCACUAAUUAAUCUCUAAUUCAACUAAUCUAACCUCACAAUUCCUCCUCCAUCCAAACCAUCAAACCACCCAUUCCCCCUCCCCUUCCUCCACCCGAUCAUCUCCCCGCCCUCCCAACGUCCCCUCCCUCCCGCCCUCAUCGCAACAACCAAACACAGACUCCUCUCCCUCUCCCUCACAACCCCACAUCUCCUCGAUCUAUCUACCCAUUCCCUCCCCUCCGAUAUCAAUAAUCCUCUUUCUCGCGAACGUAUUCUAAAUACGCGGAUUCCGGUGCAGGUGCUGGAUAUUGUUGAUAUUGGACUUUCUCGGGGGGAGUUACUGGGGAAUUUAGUUGGGGAGCGGAUGGGAGAGAGGCGGAGGGGGAGGGAGGUUAUUAGGGUUGUUGAUGAUGAUGCGGAUGGACAUGAACAUGGCUUGGAGCGGGGAUUCGGGAGUUCAGCUUCUGGUUCUGUGUCGCAAAUACGAAAUCGACCCGCUACAGGAGAAGCCCAAGCACAAGCAACAGGACCUUUUAAACUCUUCCUCCAAGAUCACAAAGGUGCACAUGUAUACGCAUUCACGACUUCAGAAACAUGUAAUGCGCAUCCGAAUUCGAUGCAGAAAAUUGCCCUGCCCCCACGUAUGCAGAUUGGCUGUAAGAUUAUGCUGUUACCUGGGACGAGGAUUUGUAGGGGGAUGGUGUGGAUUGAGGGGGAUACGUGUGUGGUUUUGGGGGGGAGGAUAGAGAGUUUGGAUAGGGAGUGGAGGGAAGGGUGGGAGGAGAGGGUUAAGGGGGAGGUGGAGGGGAUGAGGGAAGAGUUGAAUGGGGAACGGGGAGGAGGGGGUGCUUGAUGGGUGGAUUUAUAUACGGGCUUUGUUCACGGAUGUCCUUCCUUCCAAUCCAGAAAUUGUCAUAUCCUCGCAUCCACGCAUCUUCGCAUAAACAUCAAAUAUCAAUCUCAUUUCCACCGACGAAAUUUAUUCGAAGAAGUGCGGUCUCAAAAGCUCAUAGAUCACAUCUGAUGAGUUCGGAUGUAAUCAAAGUUCCAACAAUCCCCAGACUGUUACGGACGAGACAAGAGAGGAGGGGAAACAAAAUACACUUAUGAGAAACCAAGCGUGAACUCUUGCCGUCUACCUAGCCUCUUCAAAAAUACAAAGAAGUAAAGAAGAGCGCGAAAGUACCUACUCAUUUACAUGGAGAAAUAAUAAUACGUGACAA